AUGGACGUCCUCCGCCGCCUGUCACCCGACGCCUUUACGGACUCGGCCAAGUUCAAGAAGCCACCCGUGUCAUGCAAACAUUUUGACGUCCGUCUCAUCAAGAUUGAAUGCGACCACGAGGCUAUCCCCCAGUUCAACGACGUGGGCAAGAUUUCCGAAACCAAGUUGAAGACAGACCUCGCUGCCCCGACCCCGAGAGCCGCACCCGCACCCACAACAACGCCUUUGCCUGCUCCCGCAUCUGCACCCUCACCUCCUCCCGCACCUCCUCCCGCACCUGCUCCCGCACCUGCUCUCGCGCACAUCUCUCCGUCUCUGCAGCUCGUCGUCAUUGACCGCGGCGGCGACGAUGACAUUGACAUGGCCAAGGAACGAUUCCUCGAGCUCUUUGACGACUUCGACAUCGAUCCCAUCAUCCUGCAGCAGAUCGCCUACAGCAGCUACGGCUUCCACCACUACGACGAGCCCUACCGCGGGACCUACAGCUUCUACAUUGGCACCUACGUCUUUGCCCUCGCCUGGUCCUUCAACCCUGCCACCAUGAAGACCAACGCCAUCCUGCUGCUGCGCAACACGCCCGUGCUCCGCCACGGCACGCUGGCGCUGACGAGCAUCCAGAAGACGCUCAAUCUAUCUCUGAAGACCAUCAAGAAGUUCUCUCUCGCCAAGAAGGAAAUCGAUGAGGAUCCUACACGCACGCCUGCACAGAAGGUUGCCGACACUGAAGCUAUUGUGAUUGACGACGUGCGACUGGAGGAUCUCUGCCUCGACUUUACAUUGCCCGGAUACCCCGAGAUUGAGCUGGUCGCGAACGGAUCUCAUGUUAGAGUCACCAUGGACAACGUUGACUCGUACCUCAGUACCUCGAGCAGCCCGACCUCGUGGCCAAGUGGCGCGACCUCGCAACCCGCUGACCCUCGCGACCCCCUGGAACCUCGCCUUUGCGACCCUGAGCCCCCAGGUGCCGCCUCUGAAGAAGCUCACGAGCGACCUGGCGCCGUCCCUGCGCUACCUCGAGACCCGCGCCGGCUGCCAGUCCAGCGUUCAUCAGACAGCACGCUGACCGCAGACCAGAUCCGCAGCAUGAUGACCCACGAGGACGCCCGCCUCGGUGCCGAACUUGCCGAAGCCGCGCGCAAGGACAGCUCGGCCAUGCGCUCCAUCGCCAUGAUGACCAUGCUCUUCCUCCCCGGCGCCUUCUUCGCCGCCAUCUUCUCCAUCGAGUCCCUGCCCAACCCGGCCAAGGAAGAGUUCUGGAUCUUCUGGGCCUUUACGCUGCCGUCCACCAUUCUCGUCUUCCUUGUCUGGCGCUGCCACCGCUGGUCGCAGAAGAAGUGGGAAAAGUACAAAAAGGCCAAGGCCGAGAGCAAGGAAAAGGCCAAGGCGGGAAAAAAGGGCAGCGUCAGUGACGGCAGUGUCAUGGAAGCGCAGAACGGGAAGCAAGGCCACUGA